AUGGUCGUCGGCAGUACAUGCUUUCCACACAAGAAUAUCCAUAAAAAGGUCUCCGUGGAUAACGUCACCCGAAAUCAAAUAGACCAUAUUUUGAUAGACGGGAGACACUGCUCUAAUCUUUUGGAUGUCAGAAGCCGUAGAGGAGCAAACAUCGACUCCGAUCACCAUCUUGUUGUAUGCAAAAUAAGAGCACGAAUAUUACGGUACAAGUACACCAAAACGAAGAUCACUAAUGAGAAAAAUGAUGCGUACAGAUUAAUGCAACAUAAAUACACUCGCGGGCGUGGAGAAGAGUAUAAGAAGCGACGAAGACGAGAAAAACACCUACAUAAGAGAAAGAAAAGAUCAUACGAAGAACAACAACUACGUGAGAUUGCAUCUAGUUACACACAAAAGGAAUCUAGAAACUUCUACAACCAAGUGAAUAGGGGACGGAAAGAAUUCAAACCCAGAACCACGGCGUGUAGAAUGCAGACUCGUCCACUUUCUGUACCAGAACCUGAAGCUCUACUAAACAAUCAAGAGACUGAUGAAUCUUUCUACCCCACUAUAGAAGAUACUAUACGAGCCAUUCAAUCCAUUAAAAAUAACAAAUCUCCGGGAAUGGACGAUAUCCAAGGCGAGCUUAUAAAAUAUGCCGGAACUGGUUUCGAGAAAGAUUUUAACCACCUGGUGCUCCAAAUUUGGAACAAUGAAAAAAUGCCUGAUGAUUGGAAUACAUCUGUUAUCUGUCCCCUACAUAAGAAAGGCGACAUAUUGGAUUGCAAUAAUUACCGAGGCAUAUCUCUCUUGAACACCGGUUAUAAAGUUUUUGCCAAUAUGCUUUUUAAUAAACUAAAGCCAUAUGUAGAAUCCAGCUUGGGAGAGUAUCGGUGUGGGUUCCGUCCAAACAGGUCCACAGUAGACCAAAUCUUCUCGCUUAGUCAGAUCCUUGAAAAACCGUUUGAGUACAACGUGAACACUCACCACCUUUUCGUAGACUUUAAGGCUGCCUAUAACAAUGUGCACAGAAGUUUCCUGUACCAGGCUAUGAUGGAGAUUGGCAUCCCAACAAUGCUCGUGCGCCUGACGGAGAUGACUCUUAGAAACUCCCAGAGCGUUGUUAGAGUUCAAACAAAUGUAUCAGAGCCCUUCAGAACCAAUGACGGCUUAAGACAAGGGGAUGCGCUCUCGUGCCUACUGUUCAACAUCGCUCUCGACAAGUGUAUUCGCGACUCAAAGAUCGAGACCAAAGGCACUAUCUAUCACAAAUCUGUUCAAAUUCUAGGGUAUGCGGAUGACUUCGACGUGAUAGGAAGAUCUCUACCUGCAAUGGAGAGUGCAUACCUUGCUCUUGAAAAAUCAGCCGCGGAGGCUGGUCUCCAAGUUAACAUGGCUAAGACUAAGUACCUGAAAGCAUCAAAAGACCAGCAAAUUCUACUACAAGGAGUUAAUAUUGGCAACAACACCUUCGCUAGCGUCAAUGAUUUCGUAUACCUGGGAUCCUUAGUAACCGAUAACAACGAUGUGUCUUCAGAAGUAAGUAGGAGAAUAAUGGCGGCUAACAAGUGCUACUUCGGACUACUAAGUUACUUACGUUCGAAACUUCUUUUAAGAAGCAUAAAACUUCUCUUGUACAAAACCUUACUAAGACCUAUACUCACCUACGGUUCCGAAUGUUGGGUGCUGAGCAAAAAAGACGAAAACUCCUUGUUGGUAUUUGAGCGGAAAAUACUAAGACGCAUUUUCGGAGCUGUGAUGGAAAAUGAGAGAUGGCGAACGCGUUAUAAGCACGAGCUAUACCAAAUGUACGAUGAGCCAAACGUAAUUAAGAUCUUAAAGAUCGGGCGCCUGCGUUGGGCAGGGCACGUGUCGCGAAUGGACGAGGCCAGAGUACCCAAGCGCCUUUUAGAAGGCCGACCGGAGGGCCGCAGAAGUCGAGGCAGGCCCAAGCUCAGAUGGUUGGACGGCGUCGAACAAGAUAUCAAGAUCUUGGGAGUAAAAAGUUGGAGAAGGAAAACCUCUAACAGAUCGGACUGGAGAGCUUUGCUGGACCAGGAUAAGGCCCACUCGCGGCUGUAA